GUCAAGGGCUUCGCGCGGUUCCUGCAGCACGCGGAGCGCUGGCCGGACGCGCUCUCGCGCAGCACGGCGGCCAAGCUGCGCCGCCUGCAGCCCGACUGCGCCGAGCGGCUGGUGGCCGCGCACCGCCCGGACCCGCUGGGCGGCGGCGCCUUCAACACGUGCCUGCACGGCGACCUGUGGAUGGGCAACGUGCUCUUCAAGUACGACGCCGGCGGAAAGCCCGUCGAGGCCCGGUUCAUCGACUUCCAGAUCACGACGUGGGGCUCGCCCAGCAGCGACCUGACGUACCUCAUGUCGAGCGUGAGCGGCGAGGCGCGCGCCCGCCGCGACGCCAUGCUGGCCGAGUACCACGCCGAGUUGGCGGCCUGCCUCUCCGCUAUGGGCGCCCGCCUCGUGCCCACCCUGGACGAGAUCAAGGCGGACCUGCGGCGACGGGGGAUGGCCGAGGUGGUGCACGUGACGGCGAGCUCGGCGCUCAUCCUGGCGCCGCACUCGCUCGGGCUCGUCUGGGACAACCUCGUCGACGUGCACCACGGCGACGGCCCGCACCCCCGGGACCUGGCCCUGGACCGCGAGCCGGCGAGGAAGGUCGCCAGGCAGUUCUUCGUCGAGUGGGAGCGCGAGGGCCUGCUGGACGCGCUGCUGCAGCAACAGCAGCGCGCGGAGCACGCGAUGUAGAGCGGCGCGCGCCCUCUAGCGGCGGGGCGGCGAGGCACAGCCGCGGCGGGGCGGCGCCGCGGCGCGCAGACCCGGGCGGGGGCGCCGCCUGCCGGCAGCCGCGGGGACCCGCGCCCACGCGCGGGGGGUGGCGCGGACUCAACCCCAACGACAGCCGGUCCCGCCACCCCGUUUGAACGGUGUGGGUCAGCCAGGCACUCACUCACUCGGUUCACCUGCGCCAAAGAAAUUGUUUUCUGGUCUGCGCUUGGUUCUCUGUACUUAUCGGGAGUAAAAGCUAGCUGACUCCUUAAA